CCCUCUUGCCCGACAGCGUCAUUACGUCACUCUGCACUCUCGCAGCCAUUUUACUCCGCGAAAUAAACUUCAAUCUCGUUGCUAGAGGAAAAAAAAACAAACACAGAAGACUAUUCUGCUGACAUUAAUGGAUAUUUCACUGUGAACAACAGCCCGGACGCCUUCGGGGGUUUUCAGCUUUCAUAAUUCGGUCUGACUCCAUGGCUUAGUGUGACUGUUGACAGAAUCUAGCCCUGACAUCUCUGUCCUCCGUCCCUUGCUGUCCCCUGCUACUAAAGGUAGCAACGAGACAUAACCUAACCCACCCUGUUGCUUGCCUGGGACCCCCCCCCCGCCCCAGACCAUCCCCAAUCCUCUGUAGAGGCAGGAUGGAGCCCCAGGCUUCCCAGGGGAUGCUAGUAGCAGAGGGGGAUUGUGGGACAACGAGUCUGCUGGUGCCCAGUCCCCAGAGCGAGGCGGUGACCCAUGAGUUGGAGGAGCUGUCGCUACAGCCCACACAGAGCCUACCUCCACUCAAUGAACGCAAAAACGUCCUGCAGUUGAGGCUUCAGCAAAGGCGAACUCGGGAGCAGCUUGUGGACCAGGGCAUCAUGCCUCCUCUGAAGAGCCCGGCAGCUUUCCAUGGGCAGAUUCGCAGCUUGGAGAGAGCCAGGACUGAGAAUUUCCUAAAGCACAAGAUCCGCAGUCGUCCAGAGAGAGCAGAGCUGGUCAGGAUGCACAUCCUGCAAGAGACUGGAGCAGAGCCCUCACUACAGGCCACACAGAUGAGGCUGAAAAGGGCCCGACUUGCUGACAACCUGAACGAGAAGAUCGCCCAGAGACCCGGCCCCAUGGAGCUGGUGGAGAAGAACAUCCUGCCGGUGGAUUCAACCCUUAAAGAGGCAAUCAUCGUAGGCCAGGUGAACUAUCCCAAGGUGUUGGAUGAGGACAGCAGUGAUGCCCUCUCUCCCGAACAGCCGGCCAGUCAGGAGUCUCAGAGUUCUGUCCCCUCACCCGCGGAGAGUAAAGCACCAGAGACGCCCUCUCCAGCCCCAGUACCAGCACUACUACCCAGCACCAUGCUGCAGGCCUUCCCAGUUACUACACAAGCCACUACAGACUUUGUGAAAUUUAUCUCUACUAAUGAGCUCCCAGCGAGCCGCCUGCCCGUGUCUCCCGCUCAGCCAGUCACUACAGCUGCUCCCUCAAAACCAGGUCCAACACUGGUGAAACAAAGCCAGCAGAAGCCGCCCUCUGAGAAGAGUCGCAGUAAGAAAGGCAAAGAACCCAAGCCCAGAGUGAAAAAGCUCAAGUACCACCAGUACGUUCCCCCAGACCAGAAACAGGAGGCCAGCGAAGCACCCAUGGACUCCUCCUAUGCCCGACUACUGCAGCAACAGCAGCUGUUCCUCCAGCUGCAGAUCCUCAGCCAGCAACAGCAGCACUACAACUAUCAGACUAUAUUACCAGCACCACUCAAACCUGUGGCAGAGGGUCAGAGCAGCAGUGCCGGCAGCCUGCCAACCUCCAUCGUGGUGUCUUUGCCCACUGCUCCUCCACCACCCCCUCUGCCUUCGGCUCCGGCCCGACCAAACAACUCCCUGUCAAACCGCAAGCCAGGAGUUUUGCCUGCGAACCUGGAGGACAUGAAGGUGGCCGAGCUAAAACUGGAGCUGAAGCUGCGUGGCCUCCCUGUGUCAGGAACAAAGACUGACCUGAUAGAGAGACUGAAGCCCUUCCAGGACACUCCCAGCACCUCUGCUCCUACCACUAUUCCCCCACCUGCCACCACUACCACCCUCACCUCUAUCCCAAUGGAAAUCACCACCGCUACCGGCCCUGCCAUAGUCCUCCCAGCCCACCAGGGGGCUCCAGAGAGUGUGAGCUCCACACCUCCAGUCUCACCAAUUCCCACUGAUCCCUUCACCCUCCAGCAGGAUGUUGGCAUGUCUGAAGCUCCAUCUGAACCACAGCUUGUGAGCUCUGGCUCAGCAGGGCCACAGUCCUCUCCUCUCAUGUCUUUUCCCCUACCGGAGAAGGACAGGAGGCUCCACGAGAAGGAGCGGCAGAUUGAGGAGUUGAUGAGGAAGCUUGAGCAGGAGCAGAAGUUGGUGGAGGAGCUGAAGAUGCAGUUGGAGGUGGAGAAGAGAGGCCAGAGCAGCUGCAGCACUGAUUCUGCCUCUGUAACCUCCAAACUCACAUCUGUAACAGCCAUGAACCCAGUUUCAACUGUCUUGAACUCAAACAUAGUAAAAAUGGAGGGUGCGGUUCUGUCAAACUGUUCCUCCACUACAGCUGCCAUCCCAAACUCUCUCCUGGGCUCCCAGGCUCUCACAGCCCCCCUGCCAACAGUGGUGAAGUUAGAGGAUGUGACCGUUUCCUCCGGCAAGCCACUCCAGCUCCAGACCCAAACCCAACUCAUCACCCAGAUCCAGCCCCAGGCUCAGCCCCAAGUAGCCACCAGCCCACAGCUUCUCUCCCAGUCCCAGAGAAGUCCCAAACUCCAGCAGCAGGCCCAACCCACUGCCCCCAGCCUGCAGCAGUUCUUCAUCAGCCAUCAUGGCGGGGUGUCCCAGGUGCUGGGUCAACCUCAGACUCUACUGACCACAACUGGCCAGGCUGGAACUCAGAUCCUCCUCCCAGUCUCACUACCUAACAACGCUACUGCAAUCCAGCUGCCAAGCACCACUGUCAGCCUGAAGCCUGUUCUCCAGGCCACGGUCUCAAAUCCAGGCUUGGUCCAGGCCUCCGUUCCUCAGCUGCAGAGCACUAAGAUGGAGACGGCACUCAGCCAGCAGUUGGCCAACCAUAACCCGUUGCUACAGACACUGGCAGUAUGCAAUAACACUACUGGUUUGGAGAACCAGACAAGACCUGAACUGAAUCCCCAGUGUUUCCUGAAAAGUUCCCCAGAGAACAGGGUCUCUCCCCGAGCAUCACCCAACCACCACAUCUCCAACGGACCCCUCAAUAAGUCUCCCUCGCCGUCCCAGCCGACCUUCAUCCUCCAGCCCACCUCCCUCGUUACUCAGCCCCCCAAGACAAAAGAGCCUCCCCGCUAUGAGGAGGCCGUCAAACAGAGCCGCAACCUGCACGUCAACAACGUUUCACAGGUUCCCACGGCAACCAGCCAGCAAAUGGAUGACUUGUUUGACAUUCUCAUAGAGAGUGGAGAAAUCACUCCAUUUAUCCAUCAGGACCCUCCAAUGUCUCUCACUAAAGCCCUCCCAGUCACAGCCAACAUCACCACCCUGCCGGUCAGCACUGCCCUCUCCAGAAACCCUCCACAGAUCCAGAUCGCCCCUCCGCCUACACUGAGCCCCGUUGUGGACCCCAGCCUGCCCAGCCUCUCCUCCCUGGCCACAGACAACCAGCUGGAGGCCUUUCUGGAGGGGACGCUGGCCAACACACCAUCAGCAUCAGACCCGCGCACCCAGGGUCUGAUGGAGGAGCUCCAGGCGCAGCUUAUGGACCAGCAGCCGUACUCACCCAUGGACACAUCAGACCUGUCCUUCUGCGAUUCCUCCUCGCCCCCCUCCUCGCUCAACAUGGGCCUGUCUGACCCGGCCCUGGACAAUAUGGAGUGGCUGGAUCUCACCAUGCCCCCGGGUCCCGGCGGGGCUCUCACACCACUCGGGAUCCCAACGGACUUCCUGGAUUCACACGACCUUCAGCUGCACUGGGACUGACGGAUGGAAGGGUAAGAAAGAUGGGGGAAGGUUGGCAGAGCAGCCGAGCCAAGAGUGAAAGAUGGAUGGAUGAAGAGAAGCAGAAAGGGAAAAAAAAUGGCAUUUCUGUGCCAUAUCACUCUGAAUAACACAUCCAUACCAUCUGUAAUAUUCCCACUAUACUACAGUAAGAGACACUGUAAAGACAGUGCACUGAUACAAGGUGAACUACAAGCAGGAGUUUGCACAGCGUUAAAAGAAUAAAAUCAUGACAAAGGUGACUGAGAUCACCUGUAGUAUUUGUGAUAAAGGGAUUUUAAACAGUUUAGACAGUUCAGUGACUGAAGUCAUGAAUUUUAAAGAUUUAGAGACGAGGAGACAGAGCCAAAUGAAUACUGGUGUCAUGGACUGUUUGUACAUACUGUUUAAACCACGCUAAUACAACUCAAGUUUCUCUAGGACUAGAGAGGCUGAAUAGUAUUGAUAGCUGACAUUGCCUGAUUAUUUCUGCCAGAAGUUUGGCUGGGUUGUUAUCAGUGAAUACUGCGUAAGCACAGUAACUAAAUAUGUAAAAGGUUUCUGAAUACUUCAGGGUGUGACAACCUUUGUUCCACUGAUCAUCACAGCACAUUAACUGUGUAAAUGUAAAGUUCAGACAACAGAUUAAGCAUCUGAAUUAAAAAAAAAACAAUUAAAAAAGUAGAUUAGAUUUCAGAGAAGAUGCGGCUUCAGAUUAGCUUUAAACUGUUCCUGGGACAUAUCUGUGCAGCCUCAGCUGCUGACCACUUAACAUGGAAAAGCUUAAAGUGCUUUGAGAAAUUGCUUCAGGCUGUCUGAGGUGCCGGACAGUCAAAUCCGUCAGUUCCCUUUACCAUCUGAAGCCAGAUGUGCUCAGUCAGUCACUGACUUUUAAAGGGAUUUCUCACUAAGGGAAGGUCAAGCUUCUUUUUCACACUGGUCCAGUCUACCACAUACUGUAGAUGGCAUGUUUGCUGACUAAUCUGAUGCGUUCUAUCAGAUGUGACUGUUUUACUCUGACUUAUCACGACCCCUGCGGUCUAGCUGAUGAACCAAUGACUCUAAAGAACAAAGACUGGACUCAAGUCGGACGACGAGCGGAGGACGCUACGCGAGAGCUAUGCACUAGAGAGGUGGAAAGAUCCGACGAUGCGCCACAUUCACCUCAAAACAAGGAAAUGUGAACUUUGCAUAUCCGAGGAAGUGAUCAAUAUGAUUGUGGCCAAUUGCUCUAGAAAUACUGCAGUUGUUGUCCAAGUCUCUUAUUCUGAAUGUAUUUUGCAAAGAUCGAAAAAAUAGGACUUUACUUACAACGUUGGCAGCUUUUUUUCUUCUGAUAGUAAACUGACAUACAACAGUGGAAAGGGAACAAAUAGCAGUUUAUGAGACAUGCACAUACACAUCCAUACUGUAGAUAUGGACUGCGUGUGUGCUGCAAAUUAUAUCGAGGAAUAAAGAUGUCUGUGGAGAAGGUGAGCUUUAUAUCUAACUGUCCAACAGUAUCCCUGCACUUUGUCUGUGUGUGUGUCAGGGUGGGAAAUUACUGCAGCACUAACUAAUGAAUGAAUGCUAGUUAAAGUAGCUGAUUCGUUAGUCUACUCAUCUAGCCCUUUUAUCAAGUGACCGACCAUCAUUUAGAGGAAUCACAAUAUUCUAAAGUAAUACCUGGCUGGUGAAAUAGUCUAACUGUGGCCUGUGGCAGAGUUAGUUUCCCUGACUGUGUGGGUGUGUAUGAAACAAUGGGAGCAAGCAAGCAAGCAUGUCCGUUUUGUGUGUGUGUGUGUGUGUGUGUGUGUGUGUGUACGUGUGGAUUUGUCUUCCUGUCUUUUGCAUGUACAUGUGUGUGUCUCCGUGUGCAUGAUUGUAUUCCAUGUUAUAUCUCGAGCUGUUUUGAGGUCUUUUCUCUCAUCCGUCGAUCUCAAGAUGUCUGAAGAAAUUUGUUAAUAUCUAUGAAAUGAAAUCAUUUGCUAUCCAGUGGACGUAUUCCAAACUUUACUCUUCAAAAAGGCUUCUGAUGACUGUUUUACUGUUUUAUCUGUGUUGUUCAAUUGGUGUUCUACAGUCAAAAACGCACAGACACCCUUUUGAGGUGUGAUUCGCAUUGAAGAGGGCUCAGCUCCUUUUAAAGCUGUCAUAAAUUUUGUAGAUGUUUAUUUUUACUAGUCUGCAACAUCUCCCACUAGCUGUUUCUUCUUAAGCCUAAAAUGGAGUUACUGAGUUUGUAUCUCAGUAUUCUCAAAUUCUCAAAUCUUCUGUUAAGAUCCUGUAAGGGACUGAUACAGUAUUACUGUAUGGCACUUUGAAACAAAAUAGCUUCUUUAAUUGUCCUUUUUUUUUUAAAAUUCAGUCAUGUUCAGUGAAAUCUUUUAACCACUUGUUCUGUUAGGACGUCCAUGGGCACUAGAGGGCGCUGCCUCUCUUCUGUUGUGGCACAUUUUCAACGGCAACUGUUGGUACUUCAGGGUCAUUUCUAACAAACGAAAAAGAUAAAUGAGGCUGUUAUCGUGCAUUUUCAAGAAAUGUAUUUUCUGCCUGUAUAAAUGCUGAUUUGCUGUUCCCAUCAGCAAUAAUGUGGUGACCUGAGCAAAAUGAUCGAGAGCCCUUUUAUGUCAGUACUGUCUAUCAGAGAAGUGUGAUGCUCUUACUGCUGCAGUUAUACAUUUAUCAUUGGAUGUAUAAACCUAAAAAUUCAAUAUGUUUGACCACCUGAAAGAGUUGCGCCAAAUACUGCACAGACUUUUUUUUUUUUUCCCGCGUUGCUGCACCAAGGAGCACAAACAAACUUGUGUUAAAUCACAUGUUUAAGGUUGUCUCUGAUUGGUGCAUCUUUGGUUCUUACUUUCAUCAGGGUGCUUGGACCCGGGCAUACCUGCUUGCAGGUCUACUUCUAUUCCUUUUCUUUUCCAUAUUGCGAGUGUUAAAUCCUGUGUGUAGGAUGAACAGUCACUAGUUGAUUCAUGUGUAUCCUAGAAGAUUUGACAUGUUAAUAGUGGGUUUUUUUGUCUUCAGUCUGUCAGCUUUAAGGCUGUUAAAUUUGAUAUUUUGUUGCCAAAAUGGCAGUGGAACAUAUUAUCACUUUUUUUUUGUUUUGUUUUUUUGUUAUUUUCUUACAUUUUUGUAUUUAUCACUUGUUUUGAAGGUGAAAGUAAAGAUAAAAACAUUUAAUCAUGUUGUUAUGCUUAUGUACAAAUCUGUAAAAGAAGGUUUCAUGUGUAUAUCUUUGGUUUGCAGUUUUCUUGUUUUUUCAUUUUAUUUUUCAUAUCAGACAUACACAAACCUCUUGGCUGCAGUAAAUCUACGCAUGUAUGUGGUUUACUUUCACAUGACGCCACUUACCAUUGGUCAGACCGGGACAGCUAAUAGCAAUAAUGGCUGCUUUCCCUUGAUAUACUGUACUGUAUGUCAUAUCCUGCCUUGAUUUUAUUAAGAGCCUUUACUACAGAGUAAUACAAUUGUUUAUAAGUUUAAAAGCACUUCAUAUCUGAGGGGUUUUUUCACAUGUUAGAGGUUUGUGGAAGCACCAUCAAUCUGAAGAACCCCUAAAAGGUUCCUUUUUAAUAUUCUUGUCAGCUGACAGAUGUUGGCUCCGGCUUCCUCAUGUCGACUUCAGUCCUUCUGCUUCUGCUUAUCGUCAUGUGAACAUUGUACAUUUUUCAGUGGAGAAGCUUCAUUUCAGAACGGAGGACAUUAGUGUAAGCACAGGUGAAGCACCGAGCUUCUCCACCCCCAUCAGUUGAUUUACAUCUUUCAAUAUGACUGAGCCUCCUCUCCAUCUCCACCACCCACGCCAUGCCUCUUGUCCUUUGUAUGCCAUAUGUUUUGCACAUUGUGUACAUAUUUAUAUAGAUGUAAUGCAUAUUUUUAUACAUGUUUAACAUCCAUGGGCUCUCUAUUUUGUAAAUACUCAAAAAGAUGUAUAUAAGUACUGUAUGCCUUUAUGUGUCAAUAAAAUUUGGUGUACUGUGAA